AUAUCAGCAUUCUUAUCGGUUCGACAAGCAUUAAAUUCACAAGUGAUAACUAAUCUAGUAUCAUUGGGUGAUAGUAAUAUAGAGAUGGAUGCUAUUCAUGUGAUGGGAAAUGAGUUCUCACAAGCAUUAAUAAAGACCAUCAAAUUCAGGGAGAAUCCAUCACCAGAUGAAUUGGCCAAACAACUAGAAUUAGUAUAUCAGAAGUUUGAUAAAAUAUUGGUUAAUGCUC